AUGUUUCUGGGCACAAACAUGUCAAAAUAUCACACGUUUGGGAGGUGUUGUGUUAGGGAAUACGUUUACAGUAAGGUGGCAGAUCUGGAAGAGCACAGCGGGGGGGGGGGGGGGUACUGGGGCUCCAUCAGCGGCAAAGAGGCCAAUCACCUGUUGAACUCAGAGCCCAGUGGGACCUUUCUGGUCCGAGACAGCUCGGACAACCGGCACUUCUUCACGCUCAGCGUCAAGACCGAGUCGGGCACCAAGAACCUGCGGGUGCAGUGCGACAACAAGUCCUUUUCCCUUCAGACGGACUCCAAGAGCAUGCAGUCCGUGCCUCGCUUCGACUGCGUGCUGAAGCUCGUCCAUCACUACAUGCCCUCGUCCAGAAGCUCUCUGUCCAUCGGGAACUCGAGGAACUCAUACUACAUCUACACGGGGGGCGAGAAGAUCCCUCUGGAGCUGUUGAGACCCCUUCCUUGCAUAAUGUCCUCCCUGCAGCAUCUCUGCAGGAAGACGGUCAAUGGACAUAUAGACGUUUCCAGCAAAAGAGAGCAGCUGCCUCAACAGCUGAAAGACUUCUUACAAGAGUAUGACGCUCCCAUUUAAAGAGCUCCGGCUAGCGAAGAAACGAGAAGUGGUGAGGGAGCUAAAGCUAGGUCUAACUCGAGGGUAAAGCUCGUUGGACCAAGAAGUAUUGAGCUGUUCAUGAGUACAUACAUGGAGUUUGCCAGUCAACCGUGAGCGGUCAUGAGUACUAUCACUGAUGCAUUCUUAUGUGACUGAUCUUGAAGCACCGUUCUUGCCGUAACAGUCUCGAUUAAUGCACGUUUGUACUGUUUUCUGUACCAGUGCCAGUAUCGUAACCCACUCUGUGGGCACCAAUCACUGCCUCUGCACUGCCCCGAAUCUGUGAGCUCCGCCAAGCAGGGAGACAGUGAGCUAAAUAUUUCUUCCAAGUCAAUAUUUGUGCCUUUCAAGCAAAAAGGAAGACGCGAGUAACAGCACAGCACUGAGGCAUAGCGGACAUGCCACUGAGAAAUGC